AUGUUGUACUUUUGGGACGACAGAGACGGGCCCGACUUCUGUGGCUGGUGGUUUGGUCCAAAGGUUGGUGGUGAUCAAGUUUGGGCUUACCACCCAGAGAAAGCACCUACACCGCCACUGAGUGGCUGGAAGGUGCCUUACGAUGGCGACGUUGAUAAUACUUUCAUUCUGCAGCCAGCUGCAGGCUACGCCAAGUCGGCGACUACCCAGUACCAGCCGGCCCAGAAGCCCAGGCCAGUGCCAUAUGGGUAUGGCCCUCCUGGGUAUGGUCUGCCUCCGGCGUAUGGGUACGGCGCCGGAUAUGAACCGCAGGCUGAGCGGAGAAGAGAGGAUCGCAAGAAAGAUGAGGAUCGCAAGCCUGACAGAAAGAAGAAAGAGGAGGAUGCGAAGCAACGAAAAAAGAAUGCUGAAGAGGAGAAGAAAGCAGCUGCAAAGCGGAAAGAAGAGGAGGCAAUAAGAAAGAAGGAACAAGAACAAAAGCAGAAGGAAGAGGCAGCAAAGCAAAAGAAAGACCUGGAGGAAAAACGCAGGCAAGAGCAGAGGUCAACACUGGCCAUCAGAAGGGUGAUUCAGAAAGUUAGACUAGCAUCACCUGAGACCUUCACAGAGGUUCAAAAAGAACUUCAGGAGAUCCUCGAGGUUGAGCUGGAAAACACCGGAAGCCAGAAAGCGAGAAUCAAGGAGGAAAGCGAGAAGGGCUUAGAGCAAGCCACAAAAAGAAUUGAUAGCAUCAAAGAGCAGCGGCAAAAAGAGCUGGACAAGAAAGAGGCAGAGGAACGGAAACGCUUUGAGCAGCAAGCCAAGACGGAUGCGCUCCUGAAGGAGCUUAGUGAUCUUGUGGAUGCUGCCGAAGCAUCUAUUGAAAGACUCAAGGAGCUAUCUGCUCCACUAUGUGAGACGAUCGAUAGCGUCAAGGAGGUUGAGGCCUGUGCCUUGGCUGUUGAAGAGGCCGGCACAGAUGCCAAAAGCGCAACAAAGGCUUGCACCGAUUUCAUUCUGGUCAAAGGAAAUGACAUCAAGGAUCCACCCCCAAGCCCGCUUGCUCCUGGAAUCCAAGCUCCCGGAACUUCCGAUACCAAGCAGGCCUUGGGAAAGCUUCUGCAGCGCAUCAACGAAUGUGGCAAGACAGCAGAAGCACUGAUCCAAGCUGCAAGAGGUGCCAAAGAACUGGCUGUCCGCCGCGCCUCAGCAAGGCAGAAAACCCAUGAGAGGAAGGCUCUUUUUGCAAAAUAUGACCGAGACAAAGAUCAACUUCUCAGUCAGAUGGAGGUAAUUACCUAUGCCAAAAAAGAGCUGUCUGUAACCGUGGACAAGGUCCUUUUAGACGAGAUUUGGAGAUGUACUGUCGAUGAAGAUGAGAAAGGCAUCAGCUUUGAGAAGAUGUAUUUGCUCAAUUCCUCCCUUGGCAUCGCAAGGGAAAUGCAACGAAAUGAGCGCAGAAGAGCAGCAAGAAUAGCCAAGGAGAAGGUCCUCGCAGGCCUCAGAGAAAGGCUGAGGAACAAAGUCCGUGAGGUCGAGAAGGUCUAUGCCGAGUUUGACAGGGAGAUGCGAGCUGCUGAAGAUUUGGUCCGUCCGUUGCCUGUGAAGGCCAAGACCUGCUCCAUCUCCGAGAUGGAACAGAACGCCCAUGAGUGUGAUCGGCUUGUCAAGGCCUGCAGGCGAAGUGCUGACAAAGUCAAGCAGCGCAUCAAAACCAUCCCCUUGGGCUUUGACAAGAAGUACGAAGAGGACAUGAAAGAGUUCUUCAAAAUGGAGACCAAGCUGCUCGACCUGCAGAUGGGCCGUGCGGACCUCCGCUUGGUUCGAGUAGAAAAUCUGAGCAAACGCCACAGGGAGGAGGCUUGUCGCAAAGAAGCUCAAGACUUGGAGAUGGUCCGAGCAUUUGGGAUGAAGGUCUGUCGCCACUACGCGCGAGUCAACAAGCUUACCUUCGAGGAUUUGUUCAGUCAUUUGGAUGCCGAUGGUGAUGGAGCCAUAGACGAGGAGGAGUUCGCAUCCUUCUUUGCGACAGUGGACAAGGACAUCCAGGAAGAAGAAUUUGACCUUGCUGAGAAUGAAGCCGUGGAGGAAGAAACUCCUGAGCUUCCAGACAUUGAGGCCGAGAAGGUCAAUAUUUUGGAAGAAGGGGCGCCAGACGCUUUAGAUGAGAUAGCCCCACCAGAGCCAGAUGAGGAGAAUGAAAUCAGGCAGCGGACCUUGUUUGAGGAGGCUGAAAUCAGGCAACAAUCCCUGGCUGCAAUCAUGCUUCAAGCCACUCCAAAGCCAAAGCCAAAGCCGAAGAAGGUAGUGAAGGCCGAGCUGACGCCAGACGAAGUGAAGAGUCUCUUUGCUAGCGUCUUGGAGCCGGAUGCAGUGAAGCUGUCGCCGGAGGCCUUCUCACGAAUCCUCAAGGUCUACUACAAGGUGGUGAAGGAGACACCUAUGACUGAGAAGUUGGAAGUCAAUGGCAGUCAAACAGUUCAGCAGUUGAAGGUUGGUGAGAUUGUCGAGAUGCUGGAGGGGCCUGAAAAGGAGGACUCCAUAAAGGUUUUCCGUGCCAAGGGCAAGGCUGGUCUGGGAGGGCUGGGUUACCAUUGCUGGCAACCAGGGCACCAUUUUUCUGCAAGAAGGUGGUCACUUGUGGAAGGUUCUCCGACAAACUGA